AAAUAUAGAAAAAGAAAUCUCCGAAAACAUCUGAUAGAGUGGAGUUAUAAAAAAAAGUUAAAGAGUAGCAGCGACAACAGAAGAAAUUUCCUUAUUACUUAUGCUUACUUGGAAAUGAAUUACUACACAACAACAUUAAGUAGCAUAAACUUCAGUAUUUUUACACAUACAACAGCAUUUCUGAGUUUAGAAAAUUUACAAAAUGUCACACAAUAUGGCAUUAAUAUUACAACAACGCAUUCCACAUUUGAUGAAAAACCGUCAUCACCAUAUAAUCUCACACAGAAAAUUAUCAUUGCUAUUGUAUUCAUCAUAUUGUCAUUACUUACUGUCAUCGGUAACUUAAUGGUGAUGAUAUCAUUCAAAAUUGAUAAACAACUCCAGACAAUUUCAAAUUAUUUCUUGUUCUCAUUGGCAAUAGCCGAUUUGGCAAUUGGACUUGUAUCAAUGCCCCUAUUUACGGUGCAAACAAUUGCAGGAUAUUGGCCAUUUGGUUCUUUUGUUUGCGAUACAUGGCUGUCAUUAGAUUAUUUAGCAUCAAAUGCCUCUGUCCUUAAUCUUCUUAUCAUUUCGUUUGAUCGCUAUUUUUCUGUAACGCGUCCAUUAACUUAUCGAGCGAAAAGAACGAAUCGCAAGGCAGCAAUAAUGAUAUCAUUUGCAUGGCUGAUAAGCCUAAUACUUUGGCCGCCGUGGAUUUAUUCUUGGCCAUAUAUAGAGGGAAAGAGAACAGUUCCUGAAUACGAAUGUUAUAUUCAGUUCAUUGAAACGAAUCAAUUGAUCACUUUCAUCACAGCUAUUGCUGCAUUUUAUGUACCCGUUACCGUAAUGUGUUUUUUGUACUUUCGUAUAUGGCGUGAAACAAAGAAACGCCAAAAAGAUUUGCCAAAUUUGCAAGCUGGUGGUGGAGGAGGAGCUAUGACUAAAAGUCAUCAAAGCAUUAAAAAAGAUGCAUCAAAACGUUCUAAUUCAAGCGAUGAAACUUCAACAGUAAAUCAUCAAAUUGGCGAAUACAUUGAUCCCAAUUUUUGGCAUCCACCGCAUGGAGCCGGUGACAACGAAAGCAAUAGUUAUUUUCCUGGAGCACAUCCACACUCAUCAAAUGAUUUGUCAAGACGCACAAGUACAAAAAAUUGUAAAUCGGAUUCAGUCCUUGAAAGUAUAAAAAAUUGGUGUGUUGCUUGGUGGCAUUCUGGACAGGAGGAGGACUCAUUUGAAGAUUUUGGUGAUUGGUGUGACUAUGAAGGAGAACAGUCAUAUGGUGAAUAUGGUACACCGUGUACUUCUGAGACUCCUGUGCAGAGCUCAGUAUCAAGAUGUACAUCUUUAAACAUAAUUCGCGAUCCGUAUGCUCGUGGAAGUUAUUGUCAGUCAAUGCCAAAUGAUUCUCCUUCAGCAUUUGGAAAGAAUAGACAGCAACAAGCAUUGAUUGCUACACAGUCAAGUAAUGUUGGCAUUAAAUCAAAUAAUGAUGAAAAGUCACAAUCAUCCAACUUAAAGCGUUCAUUGUCACAAGAUUCUGUUUAUACAAUAUUAAUAAGACUGCCGAUCGACAGUAUUGAUGCUCGAGGUAGUGGACCAAGUACUUGUGGUGUUGAGAAUGCCGAAUGUGACUUAAAACUUCCUUCCAUUAAAAUGUACCCAGAAGAUGCAAAUUUGUCCAAAAUUAUCGUGUCUAAAACGGGUGCUGGUGCAAGUAGUGCUGAUGAAUUUGGUACUUUAAAAAAGGGCGAAAAGGAUCCUUUUGCAUUAAACACCCCACAUCCAUCAUAUGAAUUUAAUAAUAGACUACCAUUAAAUGCAAAAAUCAUACCCCGUAAAACGGUGCUAACAGCACGAGAAAAACAACAACAAAAAACUGCACUGAAUAAGAAGAAAAAAUCCCAAGAAAAACGACAAGAAUCAAAAGCGGCAAAGACUUUAUCAGCAAUAUUGUUAUCAUUUAUCAUUACUUGGUUACCGUAUAAUAUUUUAGUAUUGCUGAAACCGCUAACAACAUGCACAAAGUGCAUACCUCAAGAACUAUGGGACUUUUUCUAUGCACUUUGUUACAUUAAUUCAACAAUAAAUCCAAUUUUAUAUGCACUUUGUAAUGCUUCAUUUCGACGAACUUAUGUUCGAAUUCUUACUUGUAAAUGGCAGUCAAGAAAUCGUGAAGGUAUAUCGCGAGGCGUUUAUAAUUAAAAUUAAUCGAAAUAUUAAAUAAAAAGCAUUAAUAGUUCGAUAAAAAAACGAAGAAAAAUUUAUAUACAUUCAGAGUAAAAUAUAUUAUUGAUAUAAUUAUAUUAUGAAGAAUAUUUAUUAAGGGCGAUUCUACGAAUGAUUUUUUCUACAAAUUUGUCUCCAAAUCUAUAUUUCUUUUUAUCAGUUGCAUUACUCCCCAUGUUUCAUGUAUUUAAUAGUAGAUUUUACCGAGAUCUACAUAUUGUUCUCACCCAAACAUAUAAAAAAUGGUUAAUUAAAGAAUUAUUUACAUUCUACGAAAAAUUACUCUGUUUCACAUGAAUUUUUUCGCCCAAAUUUCCAAAAUGUUUUCAUUAAUAUCUUUAAGGUGGUAAAAUUUCCAGUAAUACUAAGUAUACAAAGUUAUAAUAGCUUAAAGUAAAAGCUUCAAAACGAUGUCAAAAUCAUAUUUGUGGAAGCCUUAAUUAAGCUGCAAUUUGGAUUCUACGAAAAAUUUCAUAAGUGAAACAGAGUAAUUUGGAGAUAAUUCCAA